AUGGCGGAAAUCGACCCGUACCGACAAGCCUUCGAGCUCGUGACAGGAGAUGGCAGACAUUUGCAGAUUGAUGUCGAGAUCGUCAACAUCGUCUACCAGGAGAACAUAGGCAUCUGCAUCAACUAUGGUUCGCAGAUCGGUGCGAGCUUCAUGAUGCUUUUGACAAUCAUUGCCAUGACGCCCUCCAUCAAGCUCAUCAAAGUUUCGCUAUGGAUUCACAUCCUUACCCUUAUCGCGAGCACCAUCCGCAUGACACUCCUUGCCGCUUACUUCACUUCCAACUGGAACAACUUCUACUCGACCUGGACGGGCGACUACUCCAGAAUCACGGCAGGGGACUUUCAUCGCAGCGUUGCAACGGAGACGAUAUCCUUGAUCCUCCUCAUCCUGGUCCAGAUCUCGCUCGGAAUUCAGGCUUGGGCUCUAGUCAAUCUGUUGCCGGGAUGCUGGAAGUGGUUCUUUACGGGACUUUCCUUCUUUAUAUCCACGGCGGCUGUGGCCUGGCGUAUGGCCUUCACCGCCAUUCAAAUCGAAGCAAUCUUGCUGAUCACGUUGCCGAACCCGGAUUGGAUACGGUACCAAAGCACCAUCAUUGGCGCCGUCUCGAUCUUUUACUAUUGCGCCCUGUUCAACAUCAAGCUUCUCAUUCACUUGGUCAAGAAUCGUGGGAUACUCCCCACGAGACAGGGGCUGAGCGCCAUGGAAGUGUUGGUCAUCACCAAUGGUCUUCUGAUGAUGAUUCCAGCAGUCUUCGCUUCUCUGGAAUGGGGUCACUGGACGAACUUCGAAUCGGCUUCCGUCACCUACACCUCGGUCGUCGUCUUUCUUCCGCUUGGGACCCUAGUUGCAUCUCGCAUUUCGGGCAACACGUCUCAAGCUGAAGCCCAGCGGAGCGGCUGCACAUUUUGUUCCAGCACCCCGCUCAAGAUGGGAUCUACAAGCGGUUUGUUCAACGCGUAUGGGAGCACGCAGCGGGGCAUCGUCACUUCGCAUGUCGAGUCUGCUUCAUCCCAUUCUCAUUGUCGUAACCGGACCGAUUCAGUUGAUCCGAUCGAUCUAGAGCUGCGACGUAUCGAGGAUUGUGAGAAGGGCAUCAUUCGAGUCAAUCGGGAGGUUCAGCUCUACGAGGAGCGCGUCUAA